AUGUCCCCCGCCUCAAUCCAAAAUGAUCAAGAUACCGAUUCCGACGGCGACGUCGAGUUCGAAGAUGUCCCAAUCUCUCUCCCAGCCAGAUCCAGAAAUAGGCAAGACACAGGAAUUCAGAUAGACAUUCCCUCACGGCAACCACAAUGGAGCCCAACUCUAUCACUUCCGCAACAGCGCAGCCAACCUAUCUCCUCCGGUUCCGAGGAAGAAAUCCAGCUCCGAGGCCAAAUCAGUACGGGGAUAGAGAGAGUCACGUAUCGCAAAAUGAAAUCCGACAUGGGCAUGGAUGCACCGAACACACCCGUUUCCGAACGCAGAUAUGAGAGCUUCAAAGAGCUCGCUGCAGAGGUGGAAGGUCUUAUUGAUAUGCUUUGGGCGUCGGCAACACCGGCAAUCCAAACCGAAGCCCUCAUAACCCUAGCAGGCCUAACCCAGACCUCUCUCCCAGCCUUUCCUUUCGACGCCCCGCCAACCCUGCACAUCCUCCACAAGUUUGAUUGUGUCUUUGCAGCGCUAUGUACAGGCACGCACCCACUCACUGGCGCCGUUUUACCCGGCGCCCAGCUGGGCCAGUCACUUGCGACGGAGACGCAGAAAGUGCGGAUCCGGAGUUUGGCGGAGAGGACGAGAUAUGAAGUUUUUUCAUGUUUGGCCAAGUCGAGUGAGAGAGUUAAUGCUGGUGAUGGUAAUGGUCAUGGUUAUGGUGAUGGAGAUGGUGAUGAGGAGGAUAGUGGCGACGAGGUGGAUGAGCCAUGGAUGUUAGAGGCUACGAGGGUUUACGAGAAGAGUCUUAUGUUGCUUGCAGAGCAAGAUCCUGAUGUGGAAGGGGGAAUGGACGAGUUUAACUGUUUGUAG